AUGAAUCCUGAUCUCAUGACGGUCUUAAGUAUGCGUCAAAAGGAAAUGUCGUACCAUCAAUUGGCUCUUGAUGGUCGUUUCAAUCCACUUGAAUUGCCAUUAAAGACACCGUCACGUCACUUGCCACUUUGUCUUCGUCUCGAGACAACGUCAUUUGAACAAUUUGGCUUUACAUGGCGUUGGAUUGUUGAAAUUUCCGCUCAUUUCGCUCUUCAGCGUCAAACGGCCCAUUUUGCCAAUCAAUAUUCACAGGUUUUAUUACGUCGUGGAGUUGGUACACGUAUACAUGACAUGUAUACGGAUAGUACAACGACACGUCAGAUACAGAGACAAUUACGAGUUUUGGGACUUGCAUGUGUCUUUAUGGCAGCCAAGAUUGAAGAAGUUCAUCCACCAAAAGCAGUUGAUUUGGUCACUUUCUUGGCAGAAAGAGGAGGUGUUCAAGUCGCAGCCCAAGAGUUGGCCAAAUUUGAAGUCAAAUAUGUCGUGGAGCUGCAGUGGAAUUUGCAUCCAACGACACCUUAUGCAUGGCUGUUGUUUAUGGUCGCUGGUGGAUCAGCUGAUCAACGUCCGCUGGAUACUAUGGGUGAUUUUGUCAAUCCAGCACGUAAUCCAUUGGGCACUAAGGAGCUAUUUGUGAACGCCAUUCGUCUCGUGGAUAUUGCACUGCUUGAUUACCAGGCUAUUGAGUACUGGCCCAGUGUAUUGGCUGGAGCAGCGCUGCUACUUGUGGAUCCGGGACUGGAUUUUAUGUUUGUGGCACAGUUCUUGCAAUUGGACUUUAAUGUGCUAUGGGAAUGCAAGUCGUGGCUCUACACUAGGGCCUAUGGUGUGUGUGAUUUGGAAGCUACGAGCACUCAAGCUAAGGACCGCUGGGCCAAGGUGCCAACGGAGGAGCUACUGUUUAUCCAGUCACAGGUUGUGGUACCUAGUCAUCUGGCUCGUGGCCUUUUGCGUCCGGACAAUGUGGUGGAUCUGUACUCUACUGGCUUGAACACUCCGCUGGGAAAGAGCUACGGCUUGGAAACUUGUCCGUCGCCGUGCUCGCCCAGCAACAAUUAUGCUCUAGUGGCUCUGCCACCACCAUGCCUGUGUAGUGGCAGCUACCACACGUGCGGUGGAGAAGAUACGCCAGGUCCGCACGUUUACCACUUUAAGUACGGCUGGCAAGGUAUUGAUGGGGGACUCGUGGCGGACGCAAGCUUUGGAAACGAACAAGAUCCACGUAUGCAGUACCCGUAA